CUCGAGGCCAGCACGUGGUUAUUAUUGCGCAAUAGUAAGCUCAACGACUUGUCUCGAACCCAUCUCUCGGUCGACGCUUCUCGCAAGAAAUCGUCGUCAUCGACUCUACCACUAUACAAACGUGUUGUCUAGCACACUAACUACUUGCCAGACCUAAAAACUACGCCUACAGAUGGCCUCAGCAGCGGCACCAGACCAGACAGAUGCCGACAAGAAUGUUGAGCGGUGGAAGAUCAAGAAGCUGAUUAUGAGCUUGGAGGCGGCGCGAGGGAACGGGACGAGCAUGAUUUCACUCAUCAUACCGCCGAAGGACCAGAUCUCGCGCGUUUCCAAGAUGCUGGCGGACGAGUUCGGAACGGCGUCGAACAUUAAGAGUAGAGUAAACCGGCUAUCAGUAUUGAGUGCCAUUACGUCCGUACAACAGAGACUGAAGCUCUACAAUAAAGUUCCGGGUAAUGGGUUGGUCAUCUAUUGUGGUACCAUCGUAACAGAAGACGGCAAAGAGAAGAAAGUGAACAUCGACUUUGAACCGUUUCGAGCGAUCAACACGUCGCUGUAUCUCUGUGAUAACAAAUUCCACACGGAGGCUUUGACUGCUCUCUUGGCCGACGACAACAAGUUUGGGUUUAUUGUGAUGGACGGCAACGGUGCUCUGUUUGGUCAGUUGUCUGGCAAUACGAGAGAAGUUCUUCACAAGUUUACGGUCGAUCUACCGAAGAAACACGGUCGAGGUGGCCAGUCGGCAUUGCGUUUUGCUCGUCUUCGUAUGGAAAAGAGACACAACUACGUACGGAAAGUUGCUGAAACUGCCGUUCAGUUGUUCAUAUCUAACGACAAGCCAAACAUCACAGGCAUGAUCCUCGCAGGCUCAGCAGACUUCAAGACAGAACUGAGCCAAUCAGACAUGUUUGAUCCAAGGUUGCAGUGUAAAGUAUUGAAGCUGGUUGAUGUUGCUUAUGGUGGAGAGAAUGGAUUCAAUCAGGCAAUUGAAUUGGCCGCCGAAGUGCUGCAGAACGUGAAGUUUAUUCAAGAGAAGAAGCUGAUUGGAAGAUACUUUGAUGAGAUUUCUCAAAAUACAGGAAAGUACUGCUUUGGUGUUGUUGACACUCUCAAGGCAUUGGAAAUGGGCUCUGUUGAAACACUUAUUGUAUGGGAGGGUUUAGAGACGACGAGAUUUGUGAUGAAAAAUCAUCAGUCAGAUGAAGAGAAAGUGAUGUAUCUUGAUCCUGAACAGGAGAAGGACAAGAGUCUGUUUGUGGAUAAAGACACAAGCGUUGAGAUGGAACUAGUGGACAAAUUGCCAUUGCUGGAAUGGUUUGCAAACAACUAUAAGAAAUUUGGUACGACGCUGGAGAUAGUAACUGAUAGAUCACAGGAAGGGUCACAGUUUUGUAAGGGAUUUGGUGGAAUUGGAGGGAUUCUUCGAUAUCGUGUUGAUUUCCAGUCUAUGGAAUAUGAUCUGGACAAUGACGACUAUUACGAUGAUGAUUACUAAGGUAGCCUGUGAUGUGAGACACUACCAUUAUAACUAUUAUAAUACACAUCGUUGUUAUUAUUUGA